GCGGAGCAAGAAACAGAGGAAGAGGAGAAAGACCCGAAUCGUAUACCGGAUAACGCCUGCGAGACGUUGUACCUUCAGAACUUGAACGAAAAAGUCCGGAUACCAGUCAUGAAGGACACCCUAUCACUGUUGUUCAAACCAUAUCAUCCGCUCUUACCAGUCAUUGCGCAUCGGAAUUUACGGAUGAGAGGUCAAGCAUUUGUAACGUUUUCCAACAUUGAAGAGGCGAAUCAAGCUAGGAAAGAUGUAGCUGAAUUCCCAUUGUACGGCAAACCCAUCCAAAUAUCAUUCGCUAGAGGGAGAUCGGAUUCAGCCGUUCAGAAGUUUGAAGGGGAUGAAGCCUUUGAGGAGCACAAGAAAAAGCGGUUAGAAGAGAAGAAGAAGAAGAGACGAGACAAUCCUUUAAGACGCAAGGCGGCGGAAAAGAUGAAAGCGGGUGGGUCGCUGGAGAGCGGUGCCCCAGCAGCAAAGAAACAAAGACUUCAAAUGCCAGACGAAUACCUACCUCCGAAUUCAGUCCUGUUCAUCCAAAAUCUCCCGGAAGGAACUACAUCAGACGACCUUCGCGAAGUCUUCGAAUUACACGCUGGAUUGGUGGAGAUCCGUACUAUCCCCGCUAAGAAGGAUAUUGCCUUUGUCGAGUUCUCAGAUGAAGGCGCUGCGACGGUCGCGAAAGAGGCACUGCACAACUUCAAGAUUGAUGGCGAGACAAAGAUGAAGGUGUGUAGCGCGUUGAAGGAGAACAAUCUCUUGCGAAAUAAAACGCUAAUUCUGUCGGCAGGUCACAUAUGCGAGAAAGUGAGAUGUACGAGUGUAUUUGCAUGCAGUCAACCCCAUGGAUCAGCGCAGAGCUGGCAGCAGCUUGUGCGACGAUCUACGAAGAUCGAACAUCUGCUAUUGGAUGCUCACAAAGGUGAUACUAUCCUUGACGCAAGCUCGCACGAAUUACCUGUAAACUAGAGGAGAACACAAGACUCUUCCAGCACCCCCUUUUCCUUUACUCCCCAUUUCCUCCAAGCCUCAUCAACCAUUUCUCUACUAAUGACAACUUCGACAUCUUUCCAUUCGCCAAGAUGCUCGGGAUCCUGCCCGUCUUCCUCGUCCUGGGCGCAGUCCUCAUCCCCCGAUGUCGUCGUUCUCGGAGCUAGGCGCUUCCGCUUUGAGCGUCCGUCCGUCUGAUUAGACGGA